UACUUUAAAGGUGCAUUGAAGGUCUAUGACUGGUAUUUUGAAAACGUAUUCCGCGAAACUUAUGAGAUGAGACACUAAGGCCGUUGUAUUUAAGUUAUAUUAUUUUUACCUUCAAGAACGUUUUUUUUUAUUACAGUAGAUGUAGAAAACCGCAUGACGUCAGAAGCGUACUCUUAGAAGUGUAUUUAUAAUGAUUGUGUUCGCGGAAGGAAAGCAGUAGUAACUUAAUUUUGGCAAAUUGAACAUCGAAAAAGAGGACCAGCACUUUUCAGAUAACUUUACAACUGUUAAAGUAAGAUAAACGUAAUAAAAGAAACGACUCUUAAGUAAAAAAUCAACCGAAAGGACUAUUUAGGAUAAAAAAGCUAACAACGAAACUUAAAAAACUGCAUAAGAAAAUGGAAAGAAAAAUGAUACUCGUCUUCAACGUGUUACUUUUUGCAAACAUGGCAUAUUCCGUGCCGCCAGUAUACCCACCGGAAUUAGGCCCAGGAUUACCGCCUGAGCUACCGGGUCUACCACCAGGUUUACCCCCAGGAGUUGAUAUGCUACCACCAGAUUUGCUCAUCGCACAGCCGGAACCCCCUCCAAAACAGAACAUCAAACAUACAGGAGGUGUCCCACCGUCAGAAUGCCGAAGUUUGAUGGAUUUGGUCCUGGUAAUCGACGGUUCAGAUAGUAUAUCGGCAGGUGAUUAUGCUAAACAAAGAAUUGCCAUACAGGCUCUUAUAGAAGAACUUCAUUUGGGACCCAAUAAAGCACAAGUCGGAUUUGUUGUGUACAGUUCAUCAAUAGCUCAGGUGCAACCCAUCACCUAUAACAGAGAAGAAUUAAAGAAAGCUUCAAGAAAUAUGGUUCAUCCUAGAGAUGGUACAAACACAACAGCUGGCAUAGAGACAGCGAUACAACUGUUUCAGAAAAACGGACGAAAAAACGUACCUUGGACAUGCAUCGUGAUAACAGACGGUUUGAGUAAAAACCCACCUGCAACUGCUGAAAUGGCUGCUGCUGCAAAAGCUGCUGGUAUAAACAUGUUCGCCGUUGGCAUAUCAAGUUUUAUAGAGCAGACCGAACUUGAAGCUAUAGCCUCCAAUCCUAAACAAGUGCUGAUGUUGAAAACAUUUGAUCAACUGCGAAUGUCCUUAUCAAAACUAAUGAAAGUGGUUUGCCCAUGUCCUCCACUGCCCCCAUUACCAUAUGGUUUAUUUGACAAUGGCACCAGAAGUAUUGGUAGUAUUAGAAUAGCGUCUUGUUUGGAUGGGUACCAGCCGAUGGGUGACCCUACAGUUGAAUGCCUGAAAGAUUCAACAUGGUCCCCGUUGACUUUCUCCUGUUUAGAAUGUCCACCACCCAAGAAGAAGUUUGGCAAUGGUAUGAUUUCAAAUGGUGCAAAUACAUUGAACAGUGUAAGAGAGUACAUCUGCAAGACAGGGUAUACAACACCUGAACCUAUUUUGACAACGUGCUUACCAGGACCAUCUGGCCCGGCGUGGACCGUUCCUUCUAUAACUUGCAAAGCCUGCCCGCCGCUACCACCAAUAACUAACGGCUACAUUGAAGCACCUGUAACUGACAUCAUGAUUGGAACAGUGUUGGCAUACCAUUGUAACCCAAAAUUCAUCCAAACCGGUCCUAUAGAAACAACAUGCGUAGACAAGAAAGGAAUUCCCUAUUGGAAAAAACCCGUGCACAGCUGUAUUGCUUGCGGACCACCACCGUCAGUUCCAUUUGCUGAUGUUGAUACAACCGGAGACACAUUAGUUAACAGUGUAAGAGUAUAUACGUGCAAGUAUGGCUUUCAUCCUACCGGCCCAAUCGAAGCAAUCUGUAUGGGAGAUAAAGGCGCCACCUACUGGCAACUGACCAAUCACACUUGCAGAGCUUGUGAUAAACCACCUAUGCUUGCAAACGCAGACUUGGUUCCAGGCGGUGAUAGUCUGGUGGGUUCCGUGAGAACUUAUCUUUGUAAAAAGGGCUUUCAAGAAACCGGAGUAUUGGAGGCGGUCUGUACUGCCAAUCAUGGCGUCACAUCCUGGGACGGUCCACACAAUUUGUGUAUUCCAUGCGGUCCACCUCCACAAAUACCGAACGCGAUAAUGGAUCCAACUGGUGACAGUCUGUUAGGAAGUAUAAGAACGUACAAGUGCAUGAACAAAUAUAUAGCAACUGGACCUAUAGAGGUCGGCUGUAUCCGAGGAACAGGUGGUCCUAUUUGGACCUCACCAGAAUUCCAGUGUAUCACUUGCCCACCACCGCCUUCUAUUCCAUACACAAAACUUGUUCCAAAGGGAGAUAACUUCGUAGGACACAAAAGAAAGUAUCAAUGCAUCAAAGGAUUUGUAACAGCUAAGCCCGGACCAAUCGAAAUCGAAUGUAUUGGAGAGUACCUGAACAACCGAGGUCGUGCCUUCUGGAGCCCACCGUCAAAUGAAUGCAUAGCUUGCCCUGAACCUCCGCCGAUGGAUUUUGCUGACUUAGAUGCGGGUGAUUAUACGGUCGGGUCAAAGAGGCGGUACAGAUGUCAUAAAGGUUUCUAUGCAACCGGUCCAAUAAUAAUAAAAUGUCUCAAAACUGCGCAGUGGUCAACACCGGAUCAUUCCUGUACAGCUUGCGGACCAACGCCUGAUGUACCGAACGCUGAUGUUCAACCGGGCUUACACACUUUAGGAGCCAAGAGGACAUAUGUGUGUCACCAUGGUCUUGUUCCAGAUGGUCCACCAAAAAUCAAAUGUUUGAAAGGAGCAAAAUGGAGUCCGGUCAAUUUCAGCUGCGUCGGUUGCAAAGAGCCCUAUAAGGUUGACUUCGCCGUGUUGGAGCCCGGAAAAAAUACAGUUGACGCUAUCAGACGAUACACUUGCUUGCCCGGUUACUAUGCAACAGGACAAAUAACUACCACGUGCGCUGUCCCGCCAAAAUCUAAAAUUCCGGAUUGGUCAACUCCGGUUCACUUUUGUAAAGACUGCGGGGAUCCAUACCCUGUGCUGAAUGCUAAACCUUUGAAAGGACCACGUACCAUUGGUUCUAAACAAUUAUAUAAAUGCAACAAAGGUUUUGUCCCGUCCGGACCCCCUGUGUCACAUUGUAUGCAAAAUGGAGAAUGGACGUUACCAGAUUUCAAAUGUAUAACAUGCGGCAAUCCACCACCAGUUGAACAUGCAGCUGUAGACAAGGUUGGCACUAAUCAACUGUUCAGUGUGCGAGCCUACACGUGUAUUACGGGAUUCAUUGCAACUGGACCUAUUGAGGCGAAGUGCGUCGAAGACAAACCAUAUGGUGUGCCGUACUGGAUCAUGCUCACUGAUAACAACUGUACAGAUUGCGGUCUCCCACCAAACGUAUCCAAUGCAUAUGCAAGUCUUGGACCGUCCACCAUUGGAUCAGAAAAGAAAUAUUCUUGCAUUGACGGUUACGAUAUGAAGGGAAUGGGUAAAAUAAAAUGCCUUUCAACAGGGCUAUGGUCCGUGCCAGAUUUUUCAUGCAUGGUUCAGACCACAACCACAACCACGACUCCUGCACCAGUACCUAAUGACCCAUCUGUUUGUGAUAACUGCCGAAUGGAAAAUGGUGUUGGAUUCAUGAAUCACCCUUAUGACUGCAGCCAAUUUGUCCAGUGUCACUUUAGUACAAGAGGAGGCAUUCAAGCCUAUUACAGAUUUUGUCCAUUUGGUCAAUACUGGGACCAAGGAGAUCUUACAUGCAAGCCAGCCGAUGACGUUGAUUGUCCUCAUGAAAAAUGCAUGACACGAAAUCUACAUUCCUAUAAACAUUCUGACAGUAAUAAAUGUUGUGCCUACUGGGAAUGUGUGAAUGGGAAGUCCAAGGCCAAAUGUUGUGGGGCUGGUUUCCGGUAUAUAAGUGGUAAAGGUUGUGAACCGGAUGAUAAAUGUGACGACGAGUGUCCUUGGGAGGAUAUGUUCCCUAGUUGUGACAAGAGACCGAUGCACAACAUGGCUUGGUACGAGCAAUAUGUAAGCAAUGGCGCUUGGAUCAAAAUGCCGUGCGCUCCUGGAACAGCAUUUAGUAUCAUUGAUUGUGAAUGCAGUCUGGCAACAGACAUCAUCCCUGGUUAUGUGUGUCGCCCUGAAGUUCACCUUAACUUUGACGAUGACGACACUGAUGAUGACUCGGGCAGAAAUGUAUAUAUCUUGAACGACGGUGUAAGAGUGCAUAGGGGUGCUGCAUAUUUUGACGGCAAUUCUCGUCUGCUAAUUAACAGAUUCUCUAAUACGGCAUUCCAUGGUGAUUUAGUGAUCAAGCUGAGAUAUAAUGAAGAUAGAGACGGACCAACGGCCCAUGCUUUACAAGCUUUGGUAACAAAUGGCGAUUGUGGCGAUGACCCCUCUAUAAUUAUUGCUAAGAUGAAAGGCUAUGUAAUGUGUGGGGCUAAAACUCAUAGGCCGAAAUCUUUUGCUUUGCCAACUACCGAAAAGGAAUGGAAAGAGGUCAUUUACAUUCACAAUGAGAAGAAACUUGAAGGAAAAGUUUGUGGUGCUGCUUACAGCAAAUGGUGUCAAGGUCCAAUCAAGUCAACUCAUUGUGGUCUCCAAAUAGGAUAUGGAACAAAACUCGCAAAUUUCGUCGGAUAUAUGGAUGAUAUAUCUGUGUAUCAGUGCAGACCACCGGAGAAUAUUCUCAACGUAUAUGGCGGUAGAAGGAGAGCGCAGGGAUCCAGUCUGUCAAUGAAAAUCCAUUAAGUUUUGUCUGUCGCCAAUCAUGCUAUGCUCCAAAAUGUUUUUAGAAUAGUGACUGUGUUAUUUCAACUAACUUACGCUAACAGAUAACAUAUAGAUGUUACUAUACUCGUACAAACAAAGAUUUACAAAACAAAUUUACCAUAUAAGAAUUGUUUGCAUCUUCGCCCUGACUCUUUCGAUUUUAAUAGGAAUUAUUAUUAAUUAAAUAUAUAUCUUUUAAAAUUUGAUAGGACUAUUUGUUUUACAAAAUCAUCAAUAAUUUAGCCUAUGUGUUGAGAAAGCAAAUUUAUGUGAGUAUGUUAGUAAAUGUAUUUUAAGAUCUAUGAAAAAAGAUUAAAGGACGCUUUUAGUUUUAACUUUAUUAUAAUAUGUGCUUUGUACGCAGUUUAAAUCCCCUGAUAAUAAGCUUUUAACCUUUUCAUUCAUAUCAUAGCUUUUUCAGUCCAAGCAUUAAGUCAAUUCUAAAGUGAAUACAGGUAACAUUCUUGCACUUACUAAUGACAAAAUAUUCUUGCACUUUCUACGCCAAGACUUCUAAAGAAUUAUUCAUGAAAGGCAAACAGCUUAAUGCUCCUUGGAAAGCUUGCAAAAGUCGGAAGAUAAAACAUAUUUACCACAAACUUAUAAUUAUUGUCAUUCGUUACCUGGAUAUUUUCAAACGUUAUUAUUAUAACUGCGAUUGUUGAGAGAAUUUAUGUGCAUGUAAUUGUAAUCAUAGCAUAUCAUACAAGGUGAAAUGUUUUGUAAAUCUUUGUUUGACAUACAGUUAGUAGAUCCGAGCUCAAGAAACUCAAGAAGCUCAAGAAAAGCAAAAAGAAAAAAAACUUCAAUCAUCUAUAGAACAUACAAACCAUAUCAUGUAUGAAUUUGCUUUGAAUAAAAUCACGUCCAUUGACAACUA